UCGCAGGAGUUGUCAGAAUUUCAUAGCGCAAUAUGGGAAUGACAAACCACUUAUGGGGACUACAUCUCAGAGUUUGAUUUCAGAGUUUUCCAUCUUUAAGAUGAGUUGCCAUCCAAGGUUAAUGAGUCCCAUCCACCCGGGGUGCUGGUGAUUUUUUUGCUCUCACCGGGAACGAACUCUAAUAGCUUGGGAUUAACUCAGUUUAAACAACUGUGUCAUGCAUGAUAUAGCGUAGUGUUAAGGCCUACCAAGUUAAAACCUAUCAAUAAAAUAUAAACAGCACUUAUUUACUACGCAGCUCCAGGCAUAGACAGUUAACUAAAAUUAAAUACAUUCAUGCUGUUGUUUGCCUAUUGUUUGAGUUGUGCAUACAUAUUAAAUUGAUAUAUUUAAUUGAUCAUAGGCUCAUAAAUUAAUUAAAGUUAUCCUCAACAUCUCACCCUCCCUCCCUGUAGUCAGGGUGAUGUGAGUGUUUUGUGGCUUAAGUUGAAGACACAAUAGUCCUCAUAGUCAAUAGGAAUAUUGUCUGUAUCAAUUUAUUCUUUACUUUACACCUACAUUAAACCUACACUACAAAUGCAAGUUGAUUUUUUAUCAUAUUAUCUUUAUCUGAACUAAAGAGCAAAUGAAUAACUAUUUAGCACUAAUACUGAUUCUCUUUCUGGCUCUCAUCUACACUACCAUCAGUUACAUCUGUGAACUUCUGUAGUAAUGAUCACCACACAAGCAAAAUAUAAUGCUAAGACUGCUAAGAGUAAGUGAAAUAUUAAAAUUUUUGCUGAAUAAAAUUUGAAUUCAUGGCAUGAACCAUGUUGACUAGCCUCAAAGUUUAUGUUAUUUUUUUUAACUUGACAGCAUCAGAAGCAUUUAAAGCAAUGCUGUGGGGUCAAAGUUGAAUAUUUUAAAAUAAAUUGUUUGCCUGAAAAUAUUUACAGAUUUAACUGUUCAGUUUUUUUAAUGUAGAUAUCAUACUUACAAAAAGUUGGUAUGUAUGUUUCCAUUUUCUUUUAUAAUCAAACUUUUAAUUGGAAAACAUUAGACCUCAAAGAUAUUUAAUUUUUUUCCCCACUAAAAUGUGGUGUAUUCAACUAUAUUUUUUAACUAGUAUAGCCUCGAUAUUUCAUUUCAAAAUUAUGUAGAUGUGACUUCAGAUAGCCUCUGAAAUUGACCAGCUGACUUAGGUCACAAAUAGUUGUAGCAACAUGUCUUAUUAACAAUGGUGUUAAAAAAAUACUUUAAAAGGAAAUUGCAUUUAUUUAUUAAUGCCAUUUAUUGUACUUGAUCUUCGCAUUGCCUGUUUGGUACUAAAGUUGUUUAAAAAGUUACUAUUUUAAAAGACAACUUUAUGUCAAGGAGAAUUUCAUAUUUUGACACAGAUAUAUUUAUAUUUGAAAUUAUAAAGUUAUAUUUAAUACAAAGUUAGUGCGACAUAAAUUGCUGCUUCUUUGGUGUAAUAUCUGAUAAACUGAGCCAUAGUGAUGUUUCUGACAGCUUAGCUUUGUCAUCAAAAAAAAUAAAUUCAAAAUGCUUAAACAAUACAAAAUACAUUUAGUUUUGCUGUUGGUUUUGUUGGUGUAUCUGGACAUCUGCGGGAAUGUGUUCAAUACAGUAGUAUAGUAUGUUAAGUGUUUCAAAUCAUUUUUAGUAUCACAUAUAUUAUACAUUAAAACUAGAAGAGGACUUUUUUGUAACAAAAUUUAACCAUUUAGUUGAACUUUUAAAGUCACAGGCAUGAAAUUAAACUCUCUAAAAUAGUGAAAAGAAAAUUAGAGUAUGUGUUUUUUUUUUAAAAUUAGUCUCUAUUUUUAGAUGUUCUAACUUAUAAUUUUUUUAAAUUGCUGUUUCUUGCUGUUGAAGUUUUUAUCUUUUAGCUGCAAAUAUACGCUGCUGUGCUUUAAGAUUGGUUGAUUAACAACUUUGAAAUACAGGUUACUUUUUGUGCUUAUUAAAUGUCAUGUUAACAUUUUUAUAAACUUUAAAGAAAAAUUAUACGCAAGGUUUUGUUUUUAAAAGUAGGCCUAUAAUUUAUACAGUUGAGAAAAAAAUUACAAGUAACAAAGAGUUGGUAUUUAUACUUAAGCUCCUGUUACUGUGAAGUAAACUUCUGUUACUCUGUAAACUUCUGUUACUGUGAAGUAAACUUCUGUUACUGGGAAGUGUGCAUCACUUUCUAUCUGAAUUUCUCAAAAAUAUUUUUAAAAUUUUGUUCCUCAAAGACUGAAAGUAAGCAUUCGUGCUAAAACUAUCUUAUUUCAUUUUCAUUUUAUUCUAUCUGAUGUGUAUUUGGAUUCAUAUUUUCAGUGAACCUGAGCACUUUCACUUACGAGAGUGGACCGUUGGAGUAUGAAGAUUUCCCUUUAACCGCAGAACCUGUCUACAUUCUAGGGGAAGUGCACAGUGCACUGCAUGGUAACCAGUGUUUAGUUUAUCUGAUGUCAUAAUGAUGCACCAAUGUCUCCAAAUCAGUUUUGUUGCUUUAGGAUUAAAAUAUUAUUCCGAUAGAGCCAGAUACAGAUAAUAAGGCAGAGUGAGCCAUCUGUAAAGUGUCUUAGAAUGCCUUUAAAGGGCAUCAGUAAAAUAAAAUAAUAUAAUGAUUUUAAAGGGCAUGAGUUCAAUAACAUAAUAAAAUGCUUUUUUUAUAAAGUUUUUUUAAACAUCAUAAGUUAAAUAAGAUAUCAGAAUGUUAUUUAAUAGGCACAUGCCCAUAUGACUACUGGCUCUGGACAAUAUAUCCUUCCAUUGAGUAAGGUUAAAGUUUAGCAGGGAGUCACACAUCACCUGCUAAAUAUUGUUUUCACAUUUUCAGAUCGAGAUGACUUAAAAAAUGACAUCAAAUCCAGAAUAUGGAUCACAUACCGCAGGAACUUUCAAAAUAUAGGUAGAUAGAGCUGUGGUUUUCUUUGUGAUAUCACAAGUCUUAAAUAGUGUCAUACUGCAUUGGUAUAUAAUCAAGUAUUUCAAAACUAUUAUAAAAAAAUAUCUUUUUUUUUUGCUAAAAAAAAUAAACACAGUGGAAACUCUCAUAAUGAGCACCUCUCAUAAUGAGCACCUCUCAUAAUGAGCACCUCUCAUAAUGAGCACCUCUCAUAAUGAGCACCUCUCAUAAUGAGUAAUUCGCAAAACGAGCAAAAAAAUUGUGCAGAAGUUGCUCCCUUAACGAGCGACAUAUCGCAUAACGAGUUACGCAGAAAGGGGAAGUCCCUUUUUCCCUCACUUCUGCUUGAAAAAAACUGGCCAGAGAGUGUUGUUGAAUGUGAUUUGGAAACAGUACCUGUGGAGUCUACAGUUAACGAGAUUGUGUCAUUGGCCAAUAUCAUGGGACGCGAGGUGGACAACAAUGAUAUUGAAGAGCUUGUGAAAGAGCACAGUCAAGAGUUGACCACCAAAGAGUUGCAUCGUGUUUCACAGCAAGAAAUUAAGGAGGAGAGCUCAUUAAUGGAGGAGGAUGCAGCAGAGCAACAAUCUUCUAGCGCAAAAGAGAAAUGCUGAAACUGUUGCAUCGUACAUUGAGAACCAUCAGCCUAAUUAGGAGGUGGCUAUUCAUGCUACAAAUUUAUUCAAUGAUAAUGAUGUGACACAUUUUCGUCAAAUUUUGAAGCGUCGGCAAAAACAAGUCAUAAGACAGUUUUCUAGUUAAAAAGGAUUAAUUAUUUGUCAUAAAUUCAUAUUUUUAUUUACGUUUUUUGUUUCAAAUCUAAAUUGUAUUCCAAGUUGUUACACUCCUUAACAAUUCAUAAGAAAUUUUAUUUGAAUAAAUAUUAAUAAAAAAUUUAAAAAAAUGAAUAUCUUUUCAGCAUAGAACGCAUUAUCGUAUUUUACACAGAUUUGUAUGGGAAAAAUGGUUUCGUUUAACGAGUGUUUCACUUAACGAGUAAGAUUCUGGAACAAACUAUGCUCGUUAUGAGAGGUUCCACUGUACUAAUAUAUAAAAUAACUGGUUAAGAGCAGGUACAUUUUGUUGUUUAAAUUCAUUUCAGGUGGAACAGGGCCUAGUUCUGACCAGGGAUGGGGUUGUAUGCUUCGUUGUGGACAGAUGAUGCUUGCUCAGGGCCUCGUUCUACGACACUUAGGGAGAGGUGCGUUCAUAAUCAUUGGUGUCCCCUUAAAAAGAAAGCUAUGACAUGGGAAUGGCCAAUUAGCAAUUGUCUACAGAUUCUCAACUUUGGUCCUGGAUUUUUGGGGGAUUCCUGAUAAGACUCCGAAUUGUAAAAAAACCAAAAAUGUUGCAACUUUACACGCCUUGAGUGUUGGGUGCUGCUAAUCUUCAGGUCCCUAGGUUGCUUGUAAUAAUUUUAAAAAUGAAUCUGAAUAGUUUACUAGGCAGGGGUUGAUUGGAAUAUUUCAAAAUGAGGUUUCCUCUUAUUGAAACUAUUACAAAACUGUGUCUUUGGCAUCUUUUUCUGAAUGAAAUGCCAUUGAAAAAUGCUACAUUUGUCCCUCAGAAGAAUAUUACAUUUGUGCAGCAGAAAGAUGUUACAUUUGUCCCGCUGAAGGAUGUUACAUUUGUCCCAUUUUAUUGAACUUGAGCUGCUCCUAGGUUUAUCACAUGCUCAAUGGAUUCAUAGUUGGUAUGCUUGCAGACAAAGAGGGAAAUCGGUUUGAGGGUUUCAGAAUCAAGCCUGCAGUUGCAAAUGCAUGAUUCCAAAUCUCAUGUCACUGUAAUAUUUUUUACAUGAAAGGAGUUACAGUAGGAAGUGUUGUUACAGUACAAAGUGUUGUGACAGAACGAAGGGUUGUGACAGUAUGAAGUGUUGUGACAGUAUGAAGUGUUGUGACAGUAUGAAGUGUUGUGAUAGUACAAAAGGUUGUAACAGCACGAAGUGUUGUGACAGCUUGUUUUCUUUCUCUUAAGGAUGGAGAUGGCGGCCACAUGUGACAGAUGACACAUACUGGAAGAUAUUGAAAAUGUUUGAAGACAAGAAGAUGGCCACUUACUCUAUUCAUCAGAUUGGUCAGUUGAAUUAUUUAAAAAGAUGAUAACCAUAAAAUUCUAAUCACAGCAGUCAAAACUUUUCCGGUCAUUAAAUACUUCAAAAAUAUUGAAUAUUUCCAAUAAAAUAAAUUAUGUUAACAAAAUAUAUUUCUUAGCUUCCAUGGGAGAAGCCGAGGGAAAAGCCAUUGGCCAGUGGUUUGGACCAAAUACAAUCGCUCAAGUCUUAAAGUUAGUCUUGUUUUACAGUUCAUCUUGUUGUUAAUCUGCAUACAUUUAGUUUUAUUUACAUCAUCCAUAUUGGCACACUAUUUACAUCAUCCAUAGCAGCACAUUAUUUACAUCAUCCAUAGCGGCACAUUAUUUACAUCAUCCAUAGCGGCACAUUAUUUACAUCAAGCUUCACCUUUCUUAAGGUGCAUACAUAUUCUGAAUUUUUUGUUUACUUUUUAAACAGGCGAAUUUCCGUUUAUGAUGACUGGAGUGGCAUUGCAAUUCAUGUGGCAUUAGACAAUGUUGUUAUAAUAGAUGACAUAUGUGAGUACAAACGUUAAUGUGGCAAUAAUAGAUAAUGUCAUAAUAGCUUUAACUCUUUUGCUGCGGAAUAUUUUUAUUGAAAAAAUGUACAUAUUUUUCGAAGAGCGAAAAAGAGUGAGUGGUUGGGUUUAUUAAAAAAUAUUAAAAAUAUUAUUCUUUGGUUUAUAAGACUAAACUUGGUAUCAAAUGAAUUAUAAAUGAAAGGACUAUAUGUUUGUAAGCUUAUUUCUUCAGUUUAAAUAAGAUAAUUUACAGAAAAGAACCAUAAUAUUGAAAACAUUUUAUGCUAAACCAUUUUUUCCCCAAACCCUAUGAUGUACGCAUACCUCAUCUUCAUUUCUAAAACUAAAAUCCUCUAAAACUACUACUAUCAAAAUCUUGUGAUGGAUCUAAAUAUAAAUCAUCUUCACUAUCAAAAGAAAUGGUAUAAAAGAAUUCCAAAGCUUCUUGAGCUGUUAGUCGUCAAAACUUACUCGCCUACUAGGGCCUUGAGUAGCCAUUGCAACAGUAGAAAAAAAAGUGAAGAAAAUCAAAUGACAACAAAUAAACCUUGGUUUCGCUUAUAAACAAUUAAGCACUACUCUUCUAUGUAAAAGUCUUUUUUUUAAAAAAAAAUAGCUCUUAAAAAGUUUAACUGAGAAAUAGCAAAGAAACAAACGGGAUAUUGAAACAUCGCACAGCGCGUUGGUCCAUGCUUUUGAGAACGGCGGAUGAACGCAGUGUGUGUUGUUCCACAUCAAAACAGUUAAGGACAUCCAUCAUGUGACAGACAAUUUUGUUGUAUUAGAUGACAGAUGUAAGCACAUCAACUGACAUGACACUAGACAAUGUCGCUGACAUAAAAAAUAUAUCUGAAAGACACUCUGGUAUAACAAUUUAAUGUUAUAAGAAUAUUUUCAGACACUUUAGAAUGAGAUAUUAUUAUGUUACAGCAAAUGUCUUCACACUGUUUGGACAGUAAUGAGUUAGGGAGGGAUAGUGCCAAAUUUCACAGGAUCUUUUAGUUUGUUGAAGGGUUGCACUACUUCAUCAGCAAAGAAUCGGUAACCUGCCUAAUCUGCCAAUUUUAAUCAGUAAUCUAACCAAUUAAUCAGUAAUCUGACCAAUUAAUUAGUAAUCUGACCAAUUAAUCAGUAAUCUGACCAAUUAAUCAGCAAUCUGACCAAAUAAUCAGGAAUCUAACCAAUUAAUCAGCAAUCUGACCAAUUAAUCAGUAAUCUGACUAGUUAAUCAGUAAUCGGACCAAUUAAUCAGUAAUCUGACCAAUUAAUCAGCAAUCUGACCAAUUAAUCAGUAAUCUGACCAAUUAAUCGACAAUCUGACCAAUUAAUCAGUAAUCUGACUAGUUAAUCAGUAAUCUGACCAAUUAAUCAGUAAUCUUACCAAUUAAUCAGCAAUCUGACCAAUUAAUCAGCAAUCUGACCAAUUAAUCAGUAAUCUGACCAAUUAAUCGACAAUCUGACCAAUUAAUCAGUAAUCUGACCAAUUAAUCAGCAAUCUGACCAAGAUGUUAGAUUUAAUUCUAGAAAGUUUUAAAAGAAUAUGUACGCUUUGGUGGGUGUUUCAGGAUUGAACUAAGAAAUUGGAAAGUCGUGUGCCAGUAACAUAACUGUCGUGAGACCAGGACAGCAGUAGAUUACCCUAGCACUAAUUUAGAAGGGCGCCUGUUUCAGACGGCCAACAGAUUAAAAUAUUUGUUUUCAAUAAAAGGGGCAUUUUUGAUAUUACAUUUUACUCUGCAAUAAAUUAAUAAUAAUUUCAAACAUAACUAUAAUGCCAACUGACACACGUACCAACGGUCUGUGUGUGACACUUUGCAUGUCUAAUCUUGCAUUAACACUUGAAUGACGUCAGGCUUUGAAGUAGUUGACAUGUUCUUUAAUGGCUUAAUACAAAACUACGCCACUGGUUCAUUUAAACUACUUUUGCAGAGGAGAGUCUACUGGUAAUAGUUCCUUUGAUGAUAGAAGCCUGAAUUUAGAAUAAUUUAGGGGACCUCUGACCUCUUCCAAAAAAACCAUAUAUAGAUACACAUUUAUGUAUGAAUAAAUGACUAUCAGUGUUACAGAGAGCUUGUUUACACAAUAUUUCUCGUACGUGCCCUCUGAUUGACCCCGCAUGAGACGCUGUGUUCACAAAGGGGUGUGGCUUAGGUCUUUGAUGUAUUUCUUGUUUACACCGCCAGCCACUGAAAAUAAUUAAUCUGUUCCAAAUAGUAUUUGGUAGAAUGAUUGGGAUUUUUCUCGAAAUGUCUCGAAGGCAGGGCUUGGGCGUCGGUAGACCCACCUAUAUAAGGGAUUGACAGGCACGGACGACAGACGGAGAUUUCAUAUAGAUUCUCUUAACAUUACGAGGCGUGUUUUAUUCUUUUGUGUAUUUGUGUGCUCCUACUUAUAUGUGUUUAUUUCGCAUUAUUUAUUGGCAUCAUUAUUUCUAAUUGUAUUAACUGUGUACCGGUACGACAUCUGCCAUACUGUAAGUUGAAGAUUGUAAUUUUAUUUUAUUUUAUUUUGUAAUUAUCUUAAGACAUAAUAAAUCGUAAUUAAUUGUGACUAGAAACUGUUUUGGGUCGUAUCCUUAAUAUUGUUGAUUAUAUGGUAUCGUCCUUUGUUAGGCACUGUUUACAACGAGCCAAUUAAAAUUAAAAUAGGAGAUUAAUUUCUCCCAAUACAAGUCAGUGCGUAACAAUCAGGCACCCUCUGAAGAUGGCCCAAGGUGCAGGUUACCCCUUUGCCCCCUAACCCACUCGCACACCUCUUUGGAAAUAGCCCUGGGUGUUAGGUUCAACGUGUGGGUACACUAUGAAGUGCUGGCUUCUAUAGUUAUUGGUUUAUCAGUGGGCCUACCUCCCUGCAACUGAGAGUUACAAUGUUGAUGGUUGAACCCUAGGCCAACCCGUAAGCGAGUGUCUCUCAACCGUAUACGUUAGAUGUCCCCCGUAGCAGAGGAGCUAAAGUAUAAAGAGGUCCUGUCCAGCUCUGCUUGAUCCAUAUCUACCCAUCUGUCUCUCAGAGUCUCAAUGUCUCAGUGUCUCCCAUAAACUUAAAAGUUGGGUGCACACCUGACGAUAGGAAACACAGCCUAAAACAAAAUGGAAGCUCUAUAUGUGUGAUCAAUUUAGUUAUAUUAUCAUACAUUUUAAUCAAUCAUACUUUUCAUAAAAUGGAUUUGGAAAUUAGGCCACUUUUACAGCCUUAGGAUUAAUCGGAAUUUGACGAUGAUUUGGGGCCUAUUAAUAAAAAAAUCAGUAAUGUGACAAUUUGCUCAUCUGUGCAGUUCUAGUCUGCAGGCUUUGAAAGAUGUUGUCUCACACAAAAGCUUAGAUGGGAUAGUCCUGGAAUGUAGAUCUUAUCAAAAUCCAACCAAAAAAACGCAUCAUGUUUCAUUUCAUGUACUGGGUCGUCAGGGUGCAUGGACACGCCACAAGACUAAAGCUGAUAUCCAUUAUAAAUGACGUCACUUCAGUCAGAUAAAGAACGAAAAGAAAAAGCAUUUUUAAUAGAUUUUUUAACUAAAAGCAAUUUGAAAAAAAAUAAAAAUUUUUUUUCACCAUACUUAUUUAGUCUCAGCUUCAUCCAUACUCAUUUACUUUUUCAGUGAAUUUAUGCAAACCCUCACAGAAGGAGCAGUCCAAAUCAGGACUUGCCAAUGAAAAUAUUGAGGACAUCCCCGAGGAGGAACUCUCCAAAUUCGUCAACGAUGGGCCCCAAGAGAGCAAACCUUCUUGUACGCAGUGGAAGCCCCUGUUGUUGAUCAUUCCGUUGCGUCUUGGUCUGACCGAUAUCAAUCCGAUUUAUUUUGAAUCUUUGAAGGUGAACUUAAGUUGACAUGUUGUUUAAUUAUUGAAAAUUUUAAACAUAUUUCUUUUAUUUAAAUUAUAAGCAAGAGAUUUGCUUAUUUUUCUAGGGAAAUUAUUUUGUAGAGAUCCCAUGAGACUUAACUCAGUAGCUGUGUAAAAUAACAAGCUAAAAUCUUACAACAAUCGUGGCCGAAAUAACUCAGUAGCUGUGUAAAAUAACAAGCUAAAAUCUUACAACAAUCUUGGCUUGGAGUGCACCGUCUUAAACAAUUGAUAGUUUGCAACCUCCAUAUGUGCUUGCAAACUUUCUGAUAAUGAAAAGGAAAAAACUAUUUAAGAACAAUUCUUGUCUUUAAGAUUCCACCAACUCAAACAACAACCCCCCCCCCCCCCCCACCGUAUCAGAACAAAAAAGUUGCACAAUUUUAAGUUGUGUUUUGUAUUUGUCUGCCAUUCAGCAUAAAUUAAAAAGUUAAAUAGCGUUUUGCCCCCUUUGUUUUUUCGUCCUUCCAGAAAUGUUUCAAGUUAAAGCAGUCUGUCGGGAUCAUUGGUGGCAAGCCCAAUCAUGCGCACUGGUUCAUUGGUUUUGUUGGUAAGUUUAAGCUGUUAAAAAAAAAACCAAUGGGAAAUUCAAUCAAACAUAUUUCAGACUGACUGCUUACAUUUUAGCUGGAUAAUUUUUUUGUAAACUAAGAACUUAAGAUAACUUUAAUGGUUUGUUCUUAUUUAGUAUAACUUGAAUGGAUUGUUCUGAUAUCUAAUUAUUCUUGGAAUAUCUUGGGCGCUGCAUUGACUUAUUUAAAAAAAUUAAGAUAUGUUUUAAUUUGGGAACAUUCUUAUCUUAAAGCUUGUUGAAUGUUCAUUGACGUUUACUGGUCUAAAAACGUUUCUUAGUUCAGAAGGUCUCUAUGAAGUCUAUUGAUGAAAAUAUUUUAAAAUCAAGUGAUGAACAUGAAGAAUAUUUGGUAGACAAAUAUAAAUAAUCUAUUAAAUUCUAAUUAACGGGCAGUCAGAGUUAACAAUGCAUAUAUCUAAAGUUCUUAUAUAUAUAUUUAUAUACACACACAUACAUAUAUAUAAAAUACAUAUAUAUAUACACACACACAUUUAUAUAUAUACACAUAUAUAUAUAUAUAUAUAUAUAUAUAUAUAUAUAUAUAUAUAUAUAUAUAUAAUUUAUAUAUAUAUAUAUAUAUACACACAUACAUAUAUAUAUAAAAAAUAUAUAUAUACACACACACAUAUAUAUAUAUAUAUAUAUAUAUAUAUAUAUAUAUAUAUAUAUAUAUAUAUAUAUAUAUAUAUAUAUAUACAUACACACAUAAUAUAUAUAUAUAUAAAAUAAUUAAUAUAAUAUAAUUCUUCAAAUGUCCUUUCAGAUAAAGAGUUAAUCUACUUAGACCCUCACACGACACAGAAUGUGGUAGACCUUGAAGACAGGCACGCCAGUGAUGCAACCUACCAUUGUACGACGCCAGCAUCUCGAAUGAGCUUCUCCAAACUCGAUCCCUCCAUUGCGUUGGUGAGAUAUGAUCUGUCUUCCAAAGAGAUGUCUACAUAUUCUGUUUUAAAGGAAUUAAAAUACUUGCUCUGGAGCUCAAAAUUUGCUUCGAACCAUCUUUAGAAAAAAAAUCAAACUGUCCAGCUUAUGGACCGUCCUUUCUAUAACAUCAACUCGUUACCCCUGUAAAAUAUUGAAAUUGGCUCUUAACUCUCGUUCUUAUUGAGGUGAAAAACCUGGGGCGAUUGUUCAAUCAUUUCUCUCAUUCUUCUUCUGCCCAUUGAACAUAGUGGGGACAGCCAUUGCUCUUGUAAUAAACAAAAUAUCUGCUUUGGAAACAGGGUUGGGGAGAGGGGGAAUAAAACUCAAAAUUUAAAUGGUCGAUUUUUUUACCCUGAACCGAAUUAAAAUAAAAAUCAUUAUGGCCCUUGCCAGAAAUCAUUAUGGCCCUUGACACAAAGGAGCCCGUGGUCUCACACAGCAGUUGGCUGAACUUUCAUUAACUGAAAAAUUUGGUCAAGUCUUCACUACGAAUUUUGAUAACUGACUCCCAACUAACUGUCCCGCAGGGCUUCUACUGUGGAACGGAGAGAGACUUUGAUGAGUGGUGUUUAGCUUUCACGGUUCAGGACAAGUCGUGUCGACCUAUGUUUGAAAUACGCAAAGAUGCCCCGAAAGCCUGGCCCAGUGAAGAGACGGUUCCCAUAAAACAGACCAAGGAGUCCAGGGGAUUUUCCCUCUCAGGUGCGUGUCCAGUCCAUAAAUACUCUGACACUACUGGAGUUGCUUUUCUGCAUCAAUGAAAUCAUCUGUACUUACAUAAUAUGACCUAUUAAAUCAUUCAUGACAUAAUUGCUUUAGAUUUCAACACAGAUUCAAAAGUGGAGGUGUUGUUUUAUCCAGAGAAACUGUUACCUGCUGGAAAAUAUUUGGAGUUAAUUCAUAUUUUGGAUUGUAAAAUUAAAAUUGGAGUUCAAUUUAUUUAUAAAUACUUGUAAAGUAAUUAAGUUUGUCAGUGGGAGGGAUGGAGGUCAAGUGUGUUAAAUUGUGAUCUAUUAUUGACUCUUCUGAAAAUUGAUGGUGUAGACUAUAACUACAGUAUUAAGAAAUGGAACUUUCAUGAUAAGAUAGACACACACACCUCCCAAUUAUGGUGCAUGUUGAUGGUGGAGACUAUUAAUGAUGAGAAAACAAUUAACAUGUUUUUUUUUAAAAAGUCCAUCAGUUUUGACAUUUUUAUCUCUCUCCAGAUUUUAUGCUUUAUGAUGGAUCAACAGGAAGUGGAGUGGAUGAUGAAGAAUUUGAGAUUAUCUGACAGUAGCCUCCCCUUGACCAAUGAGCUUUCACAAUAGUUGACACGUAAUAGAAUUGGGUGAGAAUUUGACUGGUAUGUUUGUGGCUGUGAAUCAGUUUGAUUGGUGAAAAUGUUGAAGUGUAUGUGUGAAAUGAUUGGAAGUCGGAUCAGUUUGAUGUGGUGAAAAUGUUGUAGUUUAUGUGUGAAAUGAUUGGAAGUCGGAUCAGUUUGAUGUGGUGAAAAUGUUGUAGUGUAUGUGUGAAAUGAUUGGAAGUCGGAGAAUAAAAGUUUACAUACUAUUGUUUACAUUAGUCACAUAAAUGAUGUAAUUAUGUGUAAGUGUGACCUGAUUUUGAGUGAUGCCUACACAUUUAUGAUGAUCAAGCUGUCCGUGCUGUUACAUAAGUGCCACAUCUGUUUUUGUCAGGAGUGGUCUACAAUUCUCACUGUGUGGAGAUGUGAAUUUUGACUCGUACAUUUUAUGGAAUGAGAAGUAAAGAGAGAACAAUUGGUUGUAAAAUAAUAUAAUGCGACACCCUUUUUUAUCAAAAAACACAAUUCUCUAUGGAGUAAUGUCACUUACGCUAAUAGAUGGCGCUGAUUUCACUCAACAAAUCCCCUGAUAACAGUGAAAUUCUUAAAAUACGGCAAGUGCCUAUUUUAUUUUGUUUUAUGAAAAUAGUAUGGUGUUAUUAAUAUAGUGUUAUAAAUCUGCGGCCGUAUAAAUUGGUGGUUGGAAUUAGAACAUUAAUUAUCAUCAUAUAGUUAAGGGGCAUGAAAAAGGUGAGCGGUUGUUAUCCCGGAGGGUGGGGUAAGCACUCAUUUUGAUUCUUUUAAAGUGCAUUACUGGAAGGCACGUUUUGUCAAGUAACUUUAGUAGACGGGAUGCUCACGCAACGCAGCCGACAUUGUUUGGUAGUCUUCAUUUCAGUUUGCUUUAAUGGAUCAUGGACGAUUGAUAAGAGUGUGAUGGAGUAUGAUGCAGCUGUGAUUUGUAUGAGCUGCGUGGUAGCGUGUACAUAUAUAAAUAAUUAAAUAAAAUGUUUUUGUUUACUGGGGGGAGGCAAUCAGAAUUGAUUAUUUAAUCUAUAACCCUAAUAACUAACAAAACCCUAAAAUUUAAUGCCAACGAGAAGAGCUGCUAGUAAAAAGAAUGUGAAACUAUGCUUUGAAUUUUUUGAGUUUGUCUACAAAUUUAGACCUAAAAUUUAUUUCAACAGCCGUGUUCUUAUAAAUUUGAUUUCCUAAUUUGCUUAUAUUUUACUAGCUCUAAACUUUGAAUAUAUUAUAUAAUAUGUAUGACAGACAUACCCAUUGAUUAAUUUUUCUUGUAAAAAUAUCAAUACUUUAUUUUGCAAAAGUAAUAGCUGCUUUAAAAGUUUACUAAAAAGUAAGAAAGUAUUAAGCUUGAUGUGAUUAGUCAUAUAUUUACUCAUACAUAAAUCCUAAAAGUAAAUUUCUAACAGGACUCACAUUUCCUAGCCCUAAAUAUGUUUGAGGUAUGACCAUAAGAUCGUUUCUCAUUUGGAGUAAGCCUUGACCUUCAUCACUAAAGUAUAGGAAGUCAAUAUAAAAAAGUCAUUGUAAAUAUCCUUCCACUUUUGUUCUGAAAGUACAGAAGGAAAUCUGAUGGAGGGUCAUAGGUCUUGAAAUCUGAUGAAGGGUCAUAGGUCUUGAAAUCUGAUGGAGGGUCAUAGGUCUUGAAAUCUGAUGAAGGGUCAUAGGUCUUGAAAUCUGAUGGGGGGUCAUAGGUCUUGAAAUCUGAUGGAGGGUCAUAGGUCUUGAAAUCUGAUGGAGGGUCAUAGGUCUUGAAAUCUGAUGGGGGUCAUAUGUCUUUAGACAAACUAUAAAGAUUCAAGACUAUUUCUGAGAGACUUUUUUUUUUAAACCUUUCCAUGGAUGAUGAAUUAUUGUUGGAUAUAAUCAAAAAAAAGGAAACAUAAAAAUUAGAUGUAAAUAAAACUGUUUGCAGCAAAAAUAAAAUCAGAUGUAUGAGGUGGUGGUGCUCUCUGUCUGAGAAAGAUGUCAUGACACUACAACUCUGUCAUGACGGAUGACAUAAUUUCUGGGUAUGAUUGACAUGCACAAUAGAAUGCUAUCUGUGCAUAUUGUUAUAAAGCUUGUUUUCUUGAGAUAUUUUCUAGGUUAAAAAAAAUUGUCUAGUUGUCUCAUACUGGAUUGAAACUUUUUAGUAAGACACCUCAACCCCCCCCCCCC